CGAAGCAGCUUUAUUUUGGCAGUCUGUAACAGGCCUCUGUUCAGGACCAUAUUUUUGUUGUGUCACAAAACGUUUAAAAUCUAAGAAAUGUCAGUAACAUAACGAUAUUUGUUUGAAAUAAGAGAAUACUUCAUUGUUUCUCUGAUUCUCAAAGAGAUAGGCUUUAGAUCAAGGAUAUGUUUAAGACAAAAAGCAACCAGAAUGCAUAGUGAGAAAGUAGCAGCUAACUUAAUGUGUAUGAAAUAAGAAUUGCUACAGGUAGCUUAGGAUCCAGUAAUUGUAGCUCAUAGUUUUGUGUCCCAAUUUUGGGGGGAAAGUGGGGAAUAUCAUAAUAGUCGACCACCCGUUUUUCAUGGCAAAAGUACAAGGUUCAGUCCUUGUUAACAGCAGUGAUCAGUUUUUUAAAAGAUCAGGUAUAUUUUAGAAGUAAGCAGUAACAAGGCCUUCCCUGAGCUCUGGAAAAAUCAGGCUAAACGAUUCAAUAUUGGGUAGAAGGACAAAUAACUGAUCUACUAUAAGGCAACAUUGUGUGGUUUUGGUACACCGCAUCAAUUUGUAGAGUAUAAAUGAGUAUUUCAAAAGGGUCUAAAGAAAUGAGAAGGUUUGCUCCAAAAGGCAGCUUAUAAAUAAACGAAGGAGCCACGAGAGCAUUUAACAGUCAAGCUAUUCCACCUGAAGCUGCUUAAAAGACUGCAGCGUGUUGUUUUAGCUUUAUCAUUACAAUCUUGUUUGUAAGUCACUAUGGAGACCAGUAGUGGAAAGCGAGGGUAUGCAUCAAAUAGUUAGACUGCAGGGUAGUAGUUCUCAGUGCAAACACUGUGAUCCAUAGUUUUAUCUGAGAGCUAGUAAUGCUAGUGGGAAAUAGACAAGAUCUCUUUGAAACACAGCUUGCAAAUAUACCUGUAACAAGACAAUGCCGUUUGGAUUCCCAGUGAUUGGGCGCUAUGAAAGGGGAAAAGACACUCCAUAUAAAGGAGGCCUUUCAGCAAGCUCAAAAACUUCACCAAAAUCAUGCAAAGCUGGUGACAUCAUUAAAGCACACAUAUGACAAGUUGCAGGAAAAAAACUGUUUUCAUGAAGAGUUUAUUCAUUACCUUAAGUAUGCCAUAAUAAUCUACAAAAGAGAACCUGCAGUGGAACAAGUGAUAAAUUUUGUGGCCAAGUUUGUUGCUUCUUUUUAUGAGCCAGAAAAAGAUGAUGCAGAUGAAGAAGAAGAAGAAGAAGAAGAAGAAAUAGAAAAUUCACUCCUGAAUUAUUUGUUCAACUUUCUGGUUGAGUCCCAUAAUGCUAACAGCCAUGCAGUUAGAUUUCGAGUAUGCCAACUUAUUAAUAAGCUUUUGGGAAGUCUGCCAGAGAAUGCUCAGAUUGAAGAUGAGCUGUUUGAUCAGAUUAACAGUGCCAUGCUGCUCAGAGUGAAAGACAAAGUUCCAAAUGUGAGAAUACAAGCUGUGCUGGCAUUGUCUAGACUUCAAGACCCAAAAGACAACGAUUGCCCUGUGGUUAAUGUUUACAACAAUUUAAUUGAAAAUGACUCCAACGCAGAAGUCAGGCGUGCUGUUUUGUCAUGCAUUGGUCCAUCUGCUAAAACUUUGCCAAAAAUUGUAGGUCGUACUAUGGAUGUCAAGGAGACAGUCAGGAAAUUAGCAUAUCAGGUUCUGGCAGAAAAGGUCCAUAUGAAAGCCUUGACAAUUGGCCAGAGAGUAAAACUGUUGCAGCAAGGGCUUAACGAUAGAUCAGACUGUGUGAAAGAAGUAGUACACAAGCAGCUUCUUCAAGCCUGGCUACGUCUGGCGGAGGGAAAUGUGUUAGAAUUACUUCACAGGUUGGAUGUGGAAAGCUGCCCUGAAGUGGGUAUUUCAGCACUUAAUGCAGUGUUCUCAUUGUCUCCACUAAAUGAUGUGAUUAAAAACUUCACAGAACUGGAUGACAGGAAAGUAAUUCCAGUAGAAAAACUAACUGCAGAAAGUGCCUUAUUUUGGAAAGCUUUUUGUGAGUACUUAAAAUCUCACAAAGAAGAAGAAUUUUUAGAGUAUGUUCUGCCAGAGCCUGCUGUAUAUGCAGAUUAUCUCUUAAGCUACCUUGAGAAUAUGCCAGUUCUCAGUGAAGAAGAAAAGGAAGAUAUAGCCUGUAUUGAACAUUUGAUGACCAAAGAAUUUAUAGGUCAGCAGCUGAUUCUUAUUCUAGGCUGUAUGGAUACCACUGAAGAGGGAGGAAGGAAGAGAUUGUUGACUGUCUUACAAGAAAUCCUCAAGAUUCCAACCACUUCCACAUCUCUUGUACCGUUACUUAUGGAAAACCUACUCCGUAUUUUGAAAGAUGAUGACAGAAGAAUCCAGAUUCUUGCUGAAAUCAUUUCAGAGGUUCGUGAAGAAGUUAUUACAGUAGAUAAGCCACUAGAUGCUACUGAAAUAAGAAAGCAACAGCUUCAGUUGGCUGAAGUUAAAGUGAAACUCAUGGAAGCAAAGGAUACACUGGAGAAAUGUGUGGCUCUGCAGGACUUCAACCAAGCAUCAGUUUUGAAAGAGAGUAUAACAGAGCUUGAAAGUGUUAAAAGCAAUCUAUUGAAAGAGGUAGAGGAGCCUCAAACAAAAGAAAUAUGCAUGGAAAAGAAUGAUCCUGAAACUCUGCUGAAAUGUCUCAUUAUGUGCAAUGAACUUCUAAAACAGCUUUCCAGUUCCAAAGGAUUAGGCCCAACAAUGGAUGGAAUGAUUGAAUCCUUGAUAAUUCCAGGAGUUACCAAUAUUCAUCCAGCUGUAAGAAAUAUGGCAGUUUUAUGUUUGAGCUGCUGUGGUCUGCAGAGCAAAGACUUUGCCAGCCAGCAUCUUGCAUUGAUAUUGCAGGUCUUGCAAAUUGAUGAAAUGAAGAUAAAAUUAAGUGCUUUGAAGGCAGUCUUUGAUCAGCUUAUGACAUUUGGAAUAGAACCAUUCAAAGCAAAAAAAGAAGGAAAUUCCCAAAAUGAAAACGAAGAGACUGAAAAUGAUAUAACUCUGGAAACUGAAGAUGAAACUGCUACUGCACAUAGUCUACUUCAUCUUCUUUCUGGGUUCCUAGACAGUGAGUUUUCAGAACUUAGAACAGUAUCCGCUGAGGGCCUAGCCAAGCUCAUAUUCACUGGGCGGCUGAUCAGCGCCAAGCUUCUUUCUCGACUUAUUUUGUUAUGGUAUAAUCCAGUAACUGAAGAAGAUAUUCGCCUCCGACAUUCUUUGGGAGUUUUCUUCCCUUUGUUUGCUUACUCAAAUAGGGCUAAUCAAGAAUGCUUUGAAGAAGCUUUUCUUCCAACUUUGCAAAUAUUGUUCAAUGCUCCUGCAUCAUCACCAUUAUCUGAAGUUGAUGUCACUAAUGUUGCUGAGCUGUUAGUUGAUCUGACAAGACCAAGUGGACUGAAUCAACAUACUAAAGGUUCCCAGAAUUUCCCAGAUUUGACAGUUCAUGAUAAUUUAGCAAUAAAAAUAUGCAAUGAAAUUUUGAAGGAUCCAAGUGCACCAGAUGUCCGUAUCUAUGCAAAAGCACUGAGUUCUUUAGAACUCAAUAAAGAUUUGACAAAAGAUCUCCUGGUCCUGCUUGGUGAGGUCCUUGAGAAAGUGAAGGAUAAAGCAUGUUUAAGAAUGAUUGAAAAAGUGAAGAACAACUUAGAUGGGGGAAUCCACAAUGGUGGGGAUAUCUCUGAAGUGCCACAGGAAAUUGAUCCUUCUCGCCAAUCUCAAGACACUGGUAGUUCCAGCAUUAUACAUGAAAGUGACAGAACAUCUGCUCGCCCUGACCAGCAUGAAGAAGAAAAUAAAACCAUUGAACAGAGAGGGAACACAACUACAAAGUCAAGACGUGUAAGAAGCAGAGUUAUGAAAGAUCUAGGAGAAAUGGAAACAAAAUCUGUGCCCAGAAGAAGAAGAGAUUGUAGAACUGCAGAUUCUGAAAGUGAAAGUGAAGAACUUCAUCAACCUGUUUCACUGGCAAGUUCAAGACCAUCCCGCAGAGCAAAAACAUCAGCUUUUGAAAAAACUAGAAAGAAUCUAUCUCAGUUUCUUGACAAAGAAUGAACUGAUCAAUUGAAAAGGAGACCAACGAAGGUUCUCUGGUUGAUCUCCUUGACCCCACACCUUUGUUUUCUCCAUAAAGACAAGAUCUCUGGAUUUAGAGCUUCCAAGAAGACUUGCUUUUGUAUUGUCCUUUGCUACUAGUGUUUGUUCUGACAGUGUAUCUUUUAAAUAAAUUAAGCUGUACUACAUAAUGCAUCAGAAUCCUACCUUUACUGCACAUCUAGCUUAAUUUGAGGCCGCAUCAUAGUUUUUACAUAUGGCACAGAUGGAAAGCUGCCUUUGGACUACAGUUGAGUUUUACCCUGCAAAAUGUAUUUUAUCUUGCAAAAGAAAGAUGCAUUUGAAAGUAAACUUUGAAAGAACAGAAUAAAUAAAAUUUAUUCAGUGGUUA